ACGUCUGUAGGGUAGAAAAGUCGAGGUAGCUUUUUGCGCGAGGGAGGAUAGGCGGCUGUUUGGAUGAGGGAGGGAAGGACGCCGCCCGCCCCCGCCGCCUCUGCAUCGUGGGUGUUCCCCUCCUUCACACGCAUUACUUGAUUCCCAGCCUCAACUGCCGUGUCCUCAGUCUCUCUGCCCAAACUGUAGCGUGAGGGCACCGAAAUCUCCUCUUCCCGCCCUCCGGAAUCGCAGCAUAGGAGGCAGGCAGACAAGCCGGCCCUGCCCCCUUAGCGUGCGGGCGGGAGCGGCUGGCUGGCUGGCUUAUUGGCAGGCAGAAAGAGAAGGCUUCGCCGCAGCGGAGACCUGAGAGGCGGUCCUGGUGGUGGUGGCGGCGGCGCAGAUGGCUCCUGCGGGCGGCGGCGGCCGCUCGACGGCGGGAAAGAUGGCGCCGUCGCACGUCCUCAAGUGUUGCCAGAAGGUGCUAGCCUGGGUGCCCGUGGUCUUCAUCGCCCUGGUUGUGGCCUGGUCCUAUUACGCCUACGUGGUGGAGCUGUGUGUGUUUACAAUUACCUCAACUGGAGAAAAAGUUGUCUACCUUGUGGUGUUCCAUCUGUCGUUUGUCAUGUUUGUGUGGUCCUAUUGGAAGACUAUUUUUACAUCUCCCGCCUCCCCUUCUAAUGAGUUCAGUUUGUCCAAAUCAGAUAAGGAGCAAUAUGAAAAAGAAGAGAGACCAGAAUCCCAACAGGAAAUUCUGCGAAGAGUUGCUAAAGACCUGCCAGUCUAUACUACAACAGCAUCAAGAGCCAUAAGAUACUGCGAUAGAUGCCAACUAAUCAAGCCUGAUCGAUGUCACCACUGUUCUGCCUGUGACCUGUGUGUACUGAAAAUGGAUCAUCAUUGUCCUUGGGUGAAUAACUGCGUGGGAUUUUCUAACUACAAGUUUUUCCUCCUGUUUUUACUUUAUUCCCUCCUGUAUUGUCUGUUUGUUGCUGCUACAGUGCUGCAAUAUUUCAUAAAGUUUUGGACAAAUGAACUGCUAGACACACGUGCAAAAUUCCAUGUACUCUUUCUUUUCUUUGUGGCUGCUAUGUUCUUCAUCAGCAUACUAUCACUUUUUAGCUAUCACUGCUGGCUUGUUGGCAAAAACAGAUCAACAAUAGAAGCUUUCAGGGCACCCAUGUUUCGAAAUGGACCUGACAAAAAUGGCUUCUCUCUUGGAUGCAGUAAAAACUUGAGAGAAGUUUUUGGAGAUGAGAAACAGUACUGGUUGCUACCAAUUUUUACAAGUUUAGGAGAUGGCUGUAACUUUCCGACACGCCUAGUGAUUAUGGACCCAGAGCAACUUACAGUCUCAAGCCAAAAUGAUCCUGCCAAAAGCUCUGGUCCCAGUCAGCCAUUUCCUGCUCGGCCACUAAGUGAGUCCCAAAACCAAUUGCUAGCCAAUGAAAACCAGUGGGUGGAAGUCAGUUCAGAAGAUGAAAAUGUUAUAUCAGGUGUUAAAAAGCAUAUUAUAGUUUCAUUGGAGAGCUGAUCUUGGUUUCAGUGCCCAUUCCUCCCAGUGGGGGUAAAAUAUGAUAGGUUUCUACAAUACAUUUGUGCUUGGAUAUUACUUAAUUUUGAUGGAAGACACUGAUAUAUCAAUGGAACAGUGCCAGCAUGUUAACAGGAUAUGAAAAAUGAAAUCCUUGAUGGUAUCCAGUGGAUGCUUAUGAGCAGUGUUGCAGAGUGGGAAGUCUGAUGCCUUAAGAUUCUUGAUGUGCAUUUUUGCACGGACGUAAGCUGCUAUAAAGGCCAAAUCCUGAAAUGCCCCAGAAUGGUAUGCAAGACUCUUUAAAGUGCAGAAACUAUGCAUUUUGGCUGCACUGUGGUGUAGGGGACUGAUUUUGCAAAGUUCACGUGAGAAAUGCCAUGCCAGUGUCAUACAGGAAUUAACUUUCAUAGCAAGUCGGGGGGGGGGUAAGUAUAUAAUACAGUCAUAGAGUAUGGCCAUUGAAAUGGCACAGUAUGAUUUUGUGUCUCUGUACACUAUCUGGUGGACUUGCAGCAUGAUGCAUUUUUGCUUUCUCCACUGCCGUUAUCAGAUAACCAGUGGUAUUGGUAGGUGUUGCUAAGCAGCCAACCCAAGACUCUGGCUUUUUAGUCCUUUCUGAUAUUGAAGUUCUCUUUCUACAGACUUGCUUUGUUGCAAUACAAUAUCAGGCAAGCAAGGUUUUUCAUUUGCAUGUUUGUUUCAAAAUAAGGGCCCACUGGCAACUUGGUACAUUAUUCUGGACAAUUAAGUUUACUCAGCUUUUGGAGUUUUUUUUUAAAAAAGAGCCAAUAUUUUAAUUUUUUGAAUUUGUUUAAUUAAGCCAUAUCAAGAAUAUAAUCUAAUUAAGUGAUUUCCUCUCCUUCCCCUAUAUCUGAAUAUUGUUUCUAAAUCUUUUUGAUGGAUAGUCCCAACAUACAAAUCCCUUCUGAAGCCAGUUGAUUUCUCUAUCUUCUUUCAGACCAGCCCCAGAGAUCAACCAUUUCUUUUUCUGUUUUUAAGGGAAAAGAAGCAAAAUAUGUACUGUACUUUAUGGGGCUGGAUUUGACAAGGAUCUUUACCAGGAAUAUUGCUUGAGUAAGCUGGGGAAGAAGGCACACAAGGGAGAAAAAGGGUCUUGUUCUCUAGUACCUCUGCUGUGUCAUCUAGGAUCCUACUAUCCCUCCAACAGCCUCAAUGACCCUGGAUCCAAGUCCUGUCCUUUAAGACAUAAAUCUUUUUUUGAGCAAAUAAUUCUGCAAACUGCUGUGGGAGCUUAUUGGUGAUCAGUUCACAUGGGCAGCAAGGUACUAAACGGUUGACUUGGAAGUAUAUUGAAGUGUGUGGGGCUUCAUCUCCCCCACCGUCUCCCCUCUAAGCAGAACUCUGGCUACCAGUACUCUGAGAAAGAGACCAGAGUGGCCACGAAGUUCCUCCUUGGCUGUCUAGAGGUGACUGCCCAUCAUUCUGUCUUGACAUGUACCUUUUAAUUCCCUAUCAUAAAUUGUAUCUCAACUGCUCAACAUUUCUUAGUACCAUAAAAUACUAAAUACUUCUCAAACCCUUUUGAUAUAAUUUCUCCCAUGUAUAAUACAUGUGAAAGAAACUGGGUCCACUCUGCAAACCUUAGACAACACAGUAGUGGUUGGGGAAGGGAUUAUACACAAAAUCAUUUUUGUAGUUUGUAAAGUAGCUCAAUGUUUCCUUGGAACUGCCCAUCUUAGGUUAGGUUAUAAAAUGGGCUCCUGCUGGGAGGAAAGGUGGGAUAUAAAUCAAAUAAUAAAUAAAUUAAUUAAAAUAAAAUAAAAUGAGGGAAAAGCUAAAAUAGUUUGUGCUGUCUUUGUGACAAACCUAAACUUAAAGUUGGAUCUUAUUCUCUCCCCAUGUAUGAUCAAGCUCAGGGCUCUCAGUAACCUCAGUCUCCAUACUCAGAUAAAGGGAUUUAGUCCCAUUUCGUGCACAGAAAUACCAGUUGCCAUCAGUGCUCCUACUUGAGUGCAUGGCAGAAGGAAGCUUUAUGUGGCCCAACUGCACCUUGAAGAUAGCUUCUCCAGGUCAAGUGGGGAUGGACAGACAGUAAGUCUACUACUACUAUACAACCCACAGAGCGGUCCCACAACUCCUUGCACUAGCUAGGAACUGUAGCGAAUGGACAGCACCUUCCUGUUUGAAGCAAGUGGGGCCGUCCUGCUCUGCUCUGCUUCUCUCAUAAUACCUAUGCUUUGACCCUCAACAGCUUCAAGAAGGAAUAGAAUGGGACUGAGUUAAUCUUGAGAGCCAAGCCGUACAUUUAUGGGUUGUGCUUAUCAAUAGGUCAACUACAGCAGCACACUUCUAGUAAGUGAAUAAAUAUGUAGAGUACAUAAAAUGAAUGGGUAACAGGGUUCUCUUUAUACAGUAUACAUAGAAAUAAAGGCCCAUCUGCACUUAAUAUGAAUGUUAGAAGUCCACAUAUUACUGAUAAUGCAUUCCUUUUUUUCAUUGUUAUUGAGGUAAUAUUGUCAAUAGAUAAUAUUUUAGAUUGAUUUGCAGUCCUUAAACCACUUAAAGUUCCAUUAGAACUCCUGUACAUGGCAUCUGUUGUUUAAUGUGUAAGCCAUCCUAACAGUGUUGAGAAAUUACACCAAAGAUUAUAGUUUCUAAAGCUGUUUAUUAUUCUGAAAUACGUGUUUACAGUUUUAAUUCCAAUGCCUUAUCAAAGCAUUUUGCUGGUUAAUGAACUAGCAGCAGUUAAGGAUCAAUGUAAUUGGAAAUAGCUUAUUGUAUGCACAUUUAUUUUUAAUAUUAGUAAAUACAGUUUGCAUUUUUGCAAGCAUAGGCACAUUCCUGGUUGCAUCUAAAAGUCCAUCUUCCAAGUCAAGUUCUGAUUCUAGAAAAGCCUGACUUGGUUUGUUGGGCAGCUUUUAUGAGUUAGAUUUUAUGUUGCAGAUUUGGAGUGAAAAGUGUUUUUUAAAAAAUAUUAGAAAAGUCUACAUUUACCAGUUUGCUACUUUUUUCUGGUAGAGUAAUACCCUAAUAAUUGAUAUCUCCUACUAUGAGUCAGUCAGGGUCCAAGCAUCUUUUUAGCUUUAAAAUGAUGCCAGUUGUAAUAUACAGUGUGACCUUAGAUUGUAGUGACCUUGUUAUGGAAAUAUAUAUGCAGAGUGAUUCAGCGGUCUGAGCUGCUUGUACCAGUGUGUGUAUUUACCUUAGAAACAGGCUUUUACCCCGCAUUUAGAUUACUGAGACUUAAGACUUGGUAAAAUAAGAAAAAGCUACUUUAUUUAUAGAAAUACAUAGUAGAUAGGAAAGGCAUACCUAGUUCUAACUAGCUAACUUAAGUUGGAGGUGCAAUGCCUAGACUUGGGUAUUGCCCUCAUGGCUCAGGAGAGAGAGCAAAGACAAAGAUGUCUCCUUUCUUCUUGGACAGACGAAGGAGGGGCAGGCCAGCUUCCCUGAGCAUAUCAGUUUACAAUGGAAGGAAGUUAGGUAGAGAAGAGCACAGGUAAAGGUAGGCAAGCCUAGCCAGCUGGAGGACCCUAACUCUAUCUUCCUUCUAGAAUACAAACAAAAGAACCCAGGUAGGAGUUGCUCUUGCUCCACUUCCAACAGACCUAACAAUGCAUCUCUUGAAUCUAUGUUGUAAAAUCAUGUUUUCACUUAGUCUUAAUAUCCAGUAUAUGUUCUCCAGAUCUUACUUGAAUCUUGUAAAUGGUGGGAAGAGCCUGACUAUGUUUACAGAAUAAAUUAUUGAAGUUGAGCCGCCCUGGGCUCCUACUGGGAGGAAGGGCGGGAUAUGAAUAAAAAUAAUAAUAAACAAAUAAAUAAGAUUAUCCAGUCGGGAUAUGGCUGGCUCGUAACUUGGUCGCAAGUUAAAAUAGCAUCAGGAUGAUCUUCUUGGUACAAAAAAACACAAUAAAAUAGUAAACUGUAUCUGGUGUGUAGGUUACAUUAUGUUGUAGUUCUGAAGACUCCCAGAAUUCUGGGGUUGUACCAGGAAAACAUGAUAUUAAGUGGUUUAAGGAUUGCAGCCUUUUCACUCAUCCCUAAUUGCGUUUACCAGGAAAUCCUAUUGAUUUCUGCAAAGAAGACUUGCAUGGUUUAGGAUUGCAGGCUAUAGUGCAUAAUGGAGAACUGCUCUCCACUGUCUCUGUUUCCUGCCCAGUGUAAAUUACGUGGCCAUAAGACUGGCAUCCUUAGUUUAUGUCCAGGGUUGCCACAAUCUGUGUGUUUGCCGGUGGGUAUGUCAGAUAUAUUGCACUGUAUUUAUGACAAAGGUGUGUGCAAGUAUUUUACUUAAAUAUAGGUAUAUCCAUUGUACUAAGUCAGCUUGCAAAAUACUCAAUUUAAAUUGGUAUGAGGUUAUUUAGAGGAUGUAUCAUGUGAAUGAUGCAUCUUUUUUGUUGCAAAUUGGAAUAUUCUUAUGCACAAAGAAAACAUUGCCAUUAAUACUUUAAAAGUGACUUUUUAAAUGGUCUUUUUUGAAUAAAAUAUACAACAUAGAUCACUUUGCCUGAAAUUAUCAUGUUUUUAUCUGCAUCUUGUAAUAUCUUCAUGUAUAUUUUUCACCAAUAAUUUUAGAUCAUCUUGAGUAUUUUAUAUACCAAGACUCAGACUUCCAUAUCUUAAUUGUAACUCCUCUUUUAGGGGAAAAAGCAUCAUCUUUAAGCCCUUCUUUGCCAAAGUGAUGAUACGUUAAAUGGAUUAUGACGUAUUGAAUGCAAAAGAAACUAAA